UUUCGUCAUCUCAGUCUCUCUCUCUCUCUCCCCGCCCCCGGGGGAAACUCUGGAUGACGUCACUAGAUGGGGGCGUUGCUGUCAUGGCUCUGUGUUUCCAUUUCAUACUGCGGGUCACAUUUUACUCUGGUCCACCAUCUGGAGGACAACAGGCUCCAGUGUGCAGCUCGGACUGAAGCUUUAAAGUGAAAGUCGCACUUUAUGAGGAUGUCUUUGUCAAAAGCAGCUCUCAUCACCCAAAUAGUGGAGGAGCUCAGUCCGGAGGAGUGUAAGCGUUUGUUGUACCUGUGUGGAGAGUUACACACCAAGCAGUGCACCAGCAACGUCAAGGAAAUCCUGCAGUCUUGCAUGGUCCAAGUACAAACAGAGGAGGCCUUGCUGAUGGAGCUGAUGCUCAGGAUGAGGCGGUAUGACUUACUCUUGAAGGUGUUGGGCAUCAGUAAGACCAAGGCUGAGCAGCUUUUGGAAAAUGGCCAUGCUCUGUCAGAUUACAGGGUACUCAUGGCUGAAUUGAGCGAGGACGUCGGAUCGGACGAUUUGGGGUCGUUAGUUUUCCUGUUGAGAGGCACUCUGCCGAAAGAGAAAGUGGAAAAGUUUGAGUGCUUCCUGGAUGUGGUCGUGGAACUGGAGAAGUUGGAUCAGAUCUCCAGCACCAGGACGGACGUGAUGGUGAAAUACCUGAGAGACAUCCACCGUGUCGACCUGGCCAAGAGACUCAGCCAGUACCAGAGCACAGCUGAAACCCAAAGACCUGCUGCAGUAAAGCUGAGAGAGGAGCGGCGGCCUUGUCGAACCCCAUCGAGCUGGAGAUCAACACGUACUUCUGCCCUUCAACCUCACACUUCAACUGUGUUUCCACCCACAUCCUGCAGUGCGAGGAAGCACACCACACCCUGCAUUAACGCCACGGUACCCCAGUGCAUCUCACCCAGCAAAGCAUGUGAGCAUCAGGAGGAAGCGUACCGGAUUCAGAGCGAGCCCCGGGGACUGUGUGUGAUCAUAGACUGUGUGGGGAAUGAAGGGGCCCACCUCGAGCACUUAUUUUCAAACCUUCACUUCCGUGUGAGCCUUCACAUGCUCCUGAGCAUCAGCGAAGUCUUGUCCUGCCUGAAGAACAUCUCCAGACAGAUUGAGCAUUACAGCAUGGACGCUUUCAUCUGCUGCAUCAUCACCCGUUCCCACUCAUCCCAGCUCCUCGGCACCGAUUCGUACGGUCAUACGGGACUCCAACUGAACACCAUCCGUCAGCUGUUCCUGCCUAACUCCUGCCCGGGCCUGAUAGAAAAACCCAAACUCUUCUUCAUCCAAGGGUAUGAAAUCUCAGAGUCCUCAAAUUUCAUAGGGUUCUGUGAUCACAAGGAUGGAGAGCUGGAGACGGACAGCCCUGCCCACCAUCGCUGCAGGGUGGAGGACUUGCCGGAGGAAGUGCCAGAGGAUGCAGACAUCUUCUGGAGUCACUGCUGGACCAAUGCGAAGCAGCUUGAGGACAUCAACCAUCACUCGGUGUAUUUACAGUCCCUGAAAGAGGCCUUAGUCAGUGGACAGAAGGGGAGGACUCAUCUGGUGGACCUGCACAUGGCCGUGAAUCGACAAGUGUACGCUCAUAACCACAGCCAUCCCGGAUCAGCGUAUCACAUCAACCUCAGACACACGCUGCGGAAAAACGUCUAUCUUUCAUGAGACUUGUAUUCACCUGACGAGCCUCUGGAGGAUUUUUUUUUUUUAACGACAAACACAGAUUGAAUUGUGUUCACUGCAGAUCGGGUUAAUUGUAUCAAUUAGGGUAAAAGUUAGCUGACUAAUCGACUUACAUCACCAAAAAGUUCCGAACUCUGAUUCUGUGUUGAGUUCGAGGAGCACGGUGAUCAUGUAACACCACCAUGUGUAGCCACAUGAGGGCAGCAUUGGGCUUACACGGAGUUUUAAACCCAUUGAACGUUUCAACAAAACAAUUGUAGCUUGUGAAUUUUUGUUCACGUCUUAGUUAAUCGUACAGCAUGUUACUGACGUGUUUUUUUUUUUACAAAUAUUUCUUAUUUAUUUAUUAGCUUUACACUUUUUUCAAAUAAAAUACUCAUGUUAAA